UUUUUUAAAUGCCGCUUCCACCUGGACAGCUGCCUUUGUUUACUCCGGGAACAGCUGAUCGGGUAGCCGCAGUGGAAGCUACAAGGGUCCCUGAUGGCAUCCCCGACAGCUUCACAGAGAGACUGGUCCGAGUGGAAGAGGCAGUAAUGGACAUCAGGGAGUGUCUGCAAAGGUUGGCGAGUCCCCCACCACCAACACCAAGCAGCCCAGGUGCCAGACGUCGGCUGACGUUCGGAGACACACCAGGGGACCCCACUCUCCCAGCUCCAGAUCCCGUGGCUCCAUGUGCUGUCACGCCGGACGUGGCAGUCAGAGCCCUACCUGCCGAACGGGAGGAGGAAUUUUUUAGACUGUGCCAGACGCGACCGGACACAUACGCUGCCAGUGUGUUCAUGGCGCUAACCCCAUUUGAGGUUUAUAAGUGUUGGGGGAAGAACGUGAAUUGGAGCGGCACCAACGGCAAACGGCCACUGCCGGACAAUUUAAAAGAACGAGUGCACCAGCACGUUUCCCAGCGCUUCCCGAACCUGUCUGGGGACCAGUGGCAAAAGGUCCGGAGCCGAAUUAAUGAAAGACUAAGGAGUCCCCGAAAGGCUGAUCCAGAGACGCAGCGCGCUGGCUUCACUCGCUGAAGGACAUUUGCCACAAAGUUGUUGUGAAUUGUGUAUAUACAGAUAUAUAUAUAUAUUUAUAUAUAUAUAUACAUACAUAGUAUUAUUGUUUCAUUAUUAGAGGUGUUAUUAUACGUUUGUUUUGUUUGAUUUGCAUGCGUGCCUGUGCACUUAAAUAUAACAAUUGCAAAAAAGAUUCUUGCAUCAUGGAGUUUUCUUUACGCCUGUGGGAUUAACAGAAACGUGUUGCCAUCAUCACCAUCAUCCAUCAUCACACAUGACGAUUUCAUAAGCGUAUACUGCAAACUUUAUUAAAACCAAACAUACUUGACUUAUUUCACACUCGAUUCACCCAUAAUUCUUUCCAUUUACGCUUUACGCCAUUUAGCCUAUGGUCACUGUUUAAAAGACAUCCUCCAGGUAUUCGUGACUACACAUUGAGAGUUAAUGAGCUCACACACGUCAGCACGAAAUGAGUGAAUGGGUGUGGGUGAACGUCAAAUUAAGCACAAUACGACCGUUUGGGUUUUUGUUUUGUAAAAUCUUCGUUUGCAUUAAAACCACAGGUCUCUCAGUCCGAACUUCUCCUAAAUAUAUGUCUCUAUCAUCACAUCACCACAUAUGACGGUUUCAUAAGCGUAUACUGCAAACUUUAUUAAAACCAAACUAACUUGACUUAUUUCACACUUGAUUCACCCGUAAUUCUUUCCAUUUACGCUUUACGCCAUUUAGCCUAUGGUCACUGAAAAGGAGCCAUUCAUGUUCAUGAGCACACUCCAA